AUGUCUUUCAGAAAAGCCCUUUUGGGCCUCGCUACGGCGACGACAGCUCUCGCCCAAUCCGCCACCAUCACAAUCGAAGCGUCCCACGGCGGUGCAGGAAACGGCCUAACCAAUACAACAAUCACCAUCCCACUCAACGCCCGUGUCACCAACACUGCCCUCCAGUCCGUGAGUACGCUCUACCUGACCGGCUCCGAAGGCGUCGACCUCGCCAGCAUAACUUGCACUCCAUACACCUACAACAACAGCACAGGACCGGCGUCAUUCACCAGCACACGACCAAGUCUAUUAUCGACAAAUACCGUCCAAGUGGGCUCGCUGCUGUGCACGACGAGUGACAGCUCUAGUACGACCAGCACGGGAAGUUCAAUCACUUCGACGGGUUCUGUCACCAGCAGUGCGACCAGCUCAACGUCUGCGAGUUUGACGCCUCCGACGAUGGCGAAUGGCACAUUGGUCACUGUCAGCAGCCCGGUGACACCGUCGACUGCGACAUCUGUGUUUGUGACGACAAUGACGGGGCCUUCCGGUACGUCGCAAUCGACUAUCACGAGCACUGCGGUGCUGGCAGCUACGACCACGAGUGGUCAGAGUACUUCUGCGGCGGGUGCAGAAGGUUCAGCGACUUCUUCGGCGGCGCCGGCUUUGAACACUGAUUCUGCUGGGUCAAGAGUCCUCGCAGGCAAAGGCCUGUUCGUUGCAGGUCUGGGACUUAUGGCGAUGCUUUGA